GGGGAUUUGGCUGUGAUUGGCAGUUAUGGGAGGGGCAUAGACCGAGGUGGGUCAGACGGUUUCCGGUGUUGGUGUUGGGAGACAGUGGUUGCUGCGUCAGAGUGAAGAAGAAGAAGAAGGCGCUCGAAAAACGGAGACCUUCGUGACACAAGAUGACGCAAUGGAAUCAGUUACAACAGCUGGAUACCAGAUACUUGGAGCAGUUGCACCAGCUUUAUAGCGAUAGCUUUCCCAUGGAGCUGCGCCAGUUUCUUGCACCAUGGAUAGAAAGCCAAGACUGGGGGUUUGCUGCCAGUAAGGAGUCCCAUGCCACACUGGUUUUCCACAACCUCCUUGGAGAGAUAGACCAGCAGUAUAGUAGAUUUCUACAAGAAUCCAAUGUCCUUUACCAACACAACCUGAGGAGAAUAAAGCAGUUUUUGCAGAGCAGAUAUCUAGAGAAACCCAUGGAGAUUGCACGCAUUGUAGCUAGAUGUCUAUGGGAAGAGGGAAGGCUUCUUCAAAAUGCUGCCGCUGCUGCCCAGCAAGGUGGGCCCUCUUCCCAUCCAACCGCAGCAGUGGUAACCGAAAAACAGCAAAUGCUAGAGCAGCACCUGCAAGACGUGAGGAAGAAAGUGCAGGACCUUGAGCAGAAGAUGAAGGUUGUAGAAAAUCUACAGGAUGACUUUGAUUUCAAUUAUAAAACAUUAAAAAGUCAAAGUGAUCUAUCAGACCUUAAUGGCAACAAUCAGUCGGUGACGAGACAGAAAAUGCAACAGUUGGAACAGAUGCUGACUGCACUGGAUCAACUAAGAAGGACCAUCAUAAGUGAUUUAGCUGGUCUCCUGUCAGCCAUGGAAUAUGUCCAAAAGACCCUAACUGAUGAGGAACUUGCAGAUUGGAAAAGGAGGCAACAAAUAGCAUGUAUUGGCGGGCCACCUAAUAUCUGCCUUGAUCGUCUGGAAAACUGGAUAACCUCGCUGGCCGAGUCCCAGUUGCAAACUCGGCAGCAGAUAAAAAAACUUGAGGAGUUACAGCAGAAAGUGUCUUAUAAAGGAGAUCCUAUUAUACAGCAUCGGCCCAUGUUGGAGGAAAGAAUUGUGGAGCUGUUCAGGAACCUUAUGAAGAGUGCCUUUGUGGUAGAAAGACAGCCUUGUAUGCCCAUGCAUCCUGACCGGCCUCUUGUCAUCAAGACAGGUGUCCAGUUUACAACCAAAGUCAGGCUUCUGGUGAAAUUCCCUGAACUCAAUUAUCAAUUGAAAAUCAAAGUUUGCAUUGAUAAGGAUUCUGGCGAUGUUGCAGCCUUGCGGGGGUCUCGGAAAUUCAAUAUUCUUGGGACAAACACCAAAGUAAUGAACAUGGAGGAAUCCAAUAAUGGAAGCUUGUCAGCUGAGUUCAAACAUUUGACUCUAAGAGAACAGCGAUGUGGUAAUGGGGGAAGAGCAAACUGUGAUGCUUCACUUAUUGUCACGGAGGAACUUCAUCUAAUCACCUUUGAGACUGAGGUUUAUCACCAGGGCUUGAAAAUUGAUCUAGAGACUCAUUCGCUGCCAGUUGUCGUGAUUUCCAAUAUUUGCCAGAUGCCAAAUGCCUGGGCAUCCAUCCUGUGGUACAACAUGCUAACCAACAAUCCAAAGAAUGUUAACUUUUUUACAAAACCACCCAUUGGAACUUGGGACCAGGUGGCAGAGGUUUUAAGCUGGCAGUUUUCAUCUACCACAAAACGUGGCCUUAGCAUCGAGCAGCUAACUACCUUGGCAGAGAAAUUACUAGGCCCUGGCGUCAACUAUUCUGGCUGUCAAAUCACUUGGGCCAAGUUUUGUAAAGAAAAUAUGGCAGGCAAAGGGUUCUCGUUUUGGGUCUGGCUGGACAACAUUAUUGACCUUGUGAAGAAAUAUAUUCUUGCUCUUUGGAACGAAGGUUAUAUCUUGGGUUUCAUUAGCAAAGAGCGUGAACGGGCGAUUCUUAGUACUAAACCUCCUGGGACAUUCCUGCUAAGGUUCAGUGAGAGCAGCAAAGAAGGAGGGAUCACCUUCACCUGGGUGGAGAAAGACAUCAGCGGGAAAACCCAGAUCCAGUCUGUUGAGCCAUAUACCAAGCAACAGCUGAACAAUAUGUCAUUUGCCGAAAUCAUCAUGGGUUACAAAAUCAUGGAUGCAACAAACAUCCUUGUUUCCCCGCUAGUUUAUCUGUACCCCGACAUUCCCAAAGAAGAGGCCUUUGGGAAAUAUUGCCGCCCUGAGAGCCAGGAGCACCCAGAACCCACAGACCCAGGUAGCACCGUGCCUUAUCUAAAGACAAAGUUUAUUUGUGUCACCCCGACAACAUGUAGCAGCACCAUAGAUCUACCAAUGUCUCCACGGACCUUAGAUUCUUUGAUGCAGUUUCCAAGCGAUGGGGCCGAGGCUAGUGCUGGAAAUCAGUUUGAGACCUUAACGUUUGACAUGGAGCUGACACCUGAAUGCGCAUCUUCUCCCAUGUGACCUGGCUUUAUUCAUCUGUGCAAAAGUUAAUGCUCUGUCUCGGACUUUCGGACCUGUGCAGUUUCCGUGCACCUUUUCUUUUCACUGGGGCCACAAGACAUUUUAAGCUCCUUGUACAGCAAGGGAUAAGCAUAGGAACUAGAGUGAAAACCAGUAUUUUACAUAGUGUUCUUUACGCUAGAUAAACCUAAUUUUCUGG